AUGGGAAACUACAUUUCAUCUUGCAGCAGUUUCAAUCUCAGCUUCAUUUCUUCACCCAAAAUAAAAACCACCAAAGCCGCUAGAGUAAUCUUCCCCACAGGAGAAAUCCGACAAUUCCAAGACUCCAUCAAAGCGGCCGAGAUCAUGCUCGAAUGCCCAAAUUAUUUUCUAGUGAACUCGCAAUCAUUGAACAUUAACAGGAGGUUCUCUCCUUUAUCUGCCGAUCAAGAUCUUCAAUCCGGAAACGUCUACAUCAUGUUUCCGAUAAGACGAGUGAAUUCGAUGGUUACACCGGGUGAUAUGGCGGUUUUUUGGUUGUCUGCUAAUAGUGCACCGAAACGGAUAUCCGGGAAGAUAUCGCCUGAGUUGGCAUUGGGUGGCGAUGCGGCGGAGACGGUCAGGAGUGAGGUGAGGUUGGUGGUCGAUGUGCCGGAGUUUGGUCACCGGAUAAUGGUUUCCCGGUCGAAGAAACCGGUUUUAGAUACCAUUACGGAGGAGCCGGUUCGGUCUAAGUAG